ACAGCUGUGUUUGCUUGUGAACGUGUAUUUUGUUGUAGUUUCUGUGAAUUGUGAAGUUGUAGUUUAUAAGUAAUACUCCAACUAAACCUGGUUUUCGCAAGGAAACAUCCCGUUUUACAUAAAAGUUCGAAUAUAUUCCAAAACAAAAUUAUUUAGAACCAGUGUAAAAAUAUAUCCUUGAGAAGGCGACUUGAUUAAUUAAACAAACAUAUUUUACUGUAACACUCAAGGCUGUAGUAAUAAAAGCAAAGUUUGUGACUAUUAUGACAAUAACAAAGGCAUAAUGGGUGAGGAAAAUGACCACUUCGGCAGAACGGCUAAUAAAAAUGUACUCUUGAAGAUUGUUAUACUGGGUGAUGGAGGAGUAGGGAAAUCAUGUUUAAUGAGCAGAUUCAUAUCGAAUCACUUCGACGAUCACAACUUUCACACGAUAGGAGUUGAAUUUAUGAAUAAAGUUGUGGAAGUCAAUGGCAAACCAUACACAUUGCAGAUCUGGGAUACAGCUGGCCAAGAAAGAUUCAAGUCCCUCAGGACACCUUUCUACAGGGGCACAGAUAUAUGCAUAUUGGCAUAUGCAAUAGAUGAUAGAAGUUCGUUUAACAAUAUAAAAACUUGGUUGAACGAAUUCUUGCACUAUGCUGGAGUUAAGAAUGGCAUUGAGAAAUUCCCUUUUGUUGUGGUUGGUAAUAAGUCAGAUGUAUCGUCAAAAGACAGGGAGGUAUCGUACGAACAGUUGAAGCAGUGGUGUGAACAAAACAAAAUUGGAACCUACAUAGAGACUUCGGCGAAAACUGACAAUAAUGUUGUGGAAGCAUUCUCUUUGGCUGUUCAAAGAUGGGCUAAUUUAGAAGAGAAAGCGGAGAAAGAACUACGCAUGUUACACCAUCCCGAUACGGUGACACUACACGGUUCGAACACGAACAGCGGCUUCCGAGCGACUUGCUGCUCUCGGUUCAUGGACGUAUGAACCAUUUUCCCAUAGCACAUAUUGUACCAUAAAGUUGAAACAGAUUACAUAUCAUGAGGUAUUGACGUACAACCAUAGAGAAACCAUAGUUUUGUAAUAUGUCAAAGUGACAUUGACAGCUUUUGCAAAAAAAACAAUAAGAAAAACAAAAAAAUGUAAUGCAAUAAUAUUCUUAAUUUUAAUUUAAACUUUAAAGUAUUGAGAUUUUCAGUGACGUCUAAAAUUUCGAAAUUACUAAAACAUGUAUGUUGGCGAAAUGAAAUGGUAAGUUAAAAAAAUCUGUUCAAAUAUAAAUUUUCUGUGCAUAUGAAAUAAUGGAGACAACAGCAUCAGCAUUUCAGCUGAUAAGAUAAGAAAAUUAUCACUGGAAUAUUUUUAUUCAUUUAAUCUCUUAGCAAAUGCAUUUACUGCAAUGAAAAUCUAAGUCUUAUGAAUAUCUUUGUAUUGCAAAUAUAACUUGUAGUGUUCACAGAUUACUUCAUUUUAUUGUAUUUUAUUGUUAUUUACGUUUGCAAAGGUUUUAUAGGUAGGUAUUUUACGUCGCACAUUCCAGAAUGUAUUUCUAUAGUUUAUGAAAUUACUUAUAAAGUAAAUUGAAACUCUUAUUUCUAUGUAUUGUAAUUAUGGAUUUCUCCAAUUAUAUCGGAGUCAAAGGGUUUUAAAUCUUUUUAGUAUUUAUUUUCACAUUGUAACAAAUAUUUUAAAACAUUUUAAACGUCGUAUAUUUGAUCACAUCUUGUAAUGGUUAGUGGUAAUGAAAAAUUGUAAAUUUAAACUAAGUGCCUAGUUUCA